UAUCUACAUUUACGUUUAGCCCACAUUUGUAAGAGUUGUAGUAAAUAGAAUGAGUGGGAAGUGGAGAUAGUAAUACUGAAAUAGCUAAUAAGUCAACAUUGUGCUACAGCAAAAACAUUUUGUCUUGGAAAGAAAAUUCAACCAAUUGUAGCCUAGAUACGAAACUGAAUUUACAUUGCAUACAACCGGUUCCAUUGGAUGAAGCUCGCUAGCCAGCUAAGGAACAAAAUAGGGUAUUUGACUAUCUGCUAAGCUAGCUAUUAAUUCAGCACAGACCAUACGACUGGUGAUUCGUUGUUGAUUAUUUUUGUUGCAGUCAGUUACGUCGGGGCCUCGGACAUCGUAUGAGGUAACUUAGCUCGUUGGUUAUCCGUUGCAGUCCUGCUAACGAGCAGGUGAUAGCUACUGUUUUGCCACGAGACACCACUGUGGCAAAUGCCACCGAGCUUGCCAUUACGCGGAAGGAGACUGAUUGCCAGUCUUGAAGAAAGGUGCUAGCACUAGCUAGUCGGCUAACUACUUCUUGAGGGGACCCUCGCUGGGUGCCUGGUGUGCAUGCACUGCAUUUUAAGUCCUUUUGAGCUACUCCGUGUCAAGAUCCGUAUUGAAGACAUUAGAAAAUGUCUGAUCUCAACAAAGAAGUAGUCGACCUGGUGUGGGGAAGACAAACCAGCAGUGGCAUGACAGACGCGCUGUUCAGGAGAUGGACACAAGGGUUUGUAUUCAGUGAGGCGGAGCGCACAGCGUUGGAGCAGUUUGAAGGGGGCCCUUGCGCAGUGAUAGCACCUGUUCAGGCCUUCCUAAUGAAGAAUAUCUUGUUUAACUGCGAAAGAUCCAACUGGCGGGAUAUUUCAGACGAAGAGCAGAAAACUGCCCUCUGCUACACUCUGACUGAAAUUCUAGAAACCGCCUGUUUCAACAAAUCUGAGUCUUACUGCUUAGCCACUUGGUCUAAGGCUAAAAUCUCAGAUGAAAACUCGGACAUCCCUGACAGUCACCCAGAGCCCAGUCGGUCAAGUGAAGGCCUCCAGCCACCCGCACUGGCUGCAGAGGAGAUCGGCUUUGAGCGAUUUCACUCCGUUGUGCACAAAAGGACACUGAAGACCUCUGAGGAGCUGAAGGAGGCGGUGCUUGCCUUGUAUGACACAUGGAGAAACCAGUUUGGAGUCCUGCUUUUCCUUUACUCUGUCAUAUUGACACAGGGUAUAGAAAAUAUAAAGAAUGAAAUUGAAGACACUGCUGAACCCCUGAUUGACCCAGUCUACGGUCACGGGAGUCAGAGUCUGAUCAACCUGCUGAUAACUGGUCAUGCAGUGUCCAAUGUGUGGGACGGUGACAGGGAAUGUUCUGGAAUGAAGCUGCACGGUAUCCAUGACCAGGCGUCUGUGGGCUUCCUCACGUUGAUGGAGUCUCUACGCUACUGCAAGGUCGGAGCGUUUCUAAAAUCUCCAAAGUUCCCUAUUUGGAUACUUGGCAGCGAGACGCAUCUAUCCGUGUUUUUUGCCAAGGAAAUGGCCCUGGUGGCCCCGGAGUCUCCAUCUGAACAGGCUCGGAGAGUCUUCCAGACCUUUGACCCAGAAGAUAAUGGCUUCAUACCCGACACACUACUGGAGGACGUGAUGAAGGCCCUGGAUCUCGUCUCCGAGCCCGAGUAUGUAAACCUGAUGAAGAACAAAUUAGAUCCUGAAGGCCUUGGCAUCGUAUUGCUAGGGCCCUUUCUCCUGGAAUUUUUCCCUGAUCAGGACUCCGGCAUCCCAGACUCAUUUCCUGUGUAUCACUACAACGGGCUGAAGCAGUCGAACCACAACGAAAAGGUGAUGUACGUGGAAGGGACGUCUUUUGUUCUGGGGUUCGAGGACCCGAUGGUACGCACGGACGACACCCCCGUCAAGCGGUGCCUCCAGACAAAAUGGCCGUACAUCGAGCUGCUGUGGACGACCGACCGGUCCCCCUCAUUGAAUUAACCCCGCGCUCCUCGCAGAGUCGCGUAUUAUGUAUAGGAAUGCUGUUAUCCUGCAAUGCUACCGGGAACUAUUGCAGGAGCUUACGCUCUUUCCACAGUAUGCUUACACACAGGGCUAUUAAAAUGGGAGUUAAGUCAGGCUGCGAAGUGCCUGUUUAAUUGGAGCCAAAAUGGAGGUGAUGUAGCCAUGUGAACACCUGGAGCCGCUUCAUUCUGAAUUAGCGCCAGUGGGCGGACACGUUACACUGUGUCUUAACUCUGUUUUAAUAACCCUGGCUACACACAGGAUCCUUUUUUCACCACGCUUAGGAGGCCUGUUGCAGUGCCUGAACUGUACAGAAAAAUGUUUAUAUAUAUGACAUUCAGUUCUUUUACCGUUGAUGUUCUUGACUAUUUCUCACUUAAGAUAGCUUGUAAAUUUACGAUUUUUUUUUUUUUUCAAAAGGGCUUGUUGUAUUUUAAACCCUUAAAUACUGAACAAUUAAAUUUUUUUGUUUCAUGCUCACCAAAUGUAUUCUCUUUGCUGGUGUUGAUAUUUCUGUUGUCUUUCGAAAUAAUUUUGUUUACUGAACAAUAUAUAAAAAGCAAUCCUUCUGAAAUGAUAAACAAUUGAUUAUUUAUCGAGUUGUGCAACACCGUUUAUUGGUUUAAAAAUGUUUAACCCCUGUUUAAGGGAUUGCAUGACCAAAGCAUCUUGCAGGUUUAAACCAGUUAUUUUUUAGAAAAGUCUGAUCAGCAACAGGUCUUGGCAUUUAACUGUUUUCACAGGGCCACAGACAGCAAGUGUUUUAGUUUGAUUUGAAGGAUAUUUAAUAAAAAUGAAAAUGUGUGACACUGUGUGUAUUUAUGAAGAGGCUUGCCAGGAUUCAUAGCAGUUGAUGGACUGUUAUUUCAUUAAACUCCAUAAAGAACACCUGGGAGAGGGAAUUAAUUGAUUAAAAUGAAACUCCUAAGUUAAUGCGACUGUUGUAUGAUCAUGUUUAAAACUCGCUGGUGUUCCGUUCAUACUUGUAUUAUGAGUAUACAGUGCGGUCACGAGAGGAGCCAAGCCACAGUUUUGUCACUCUCUUCAGCUAGCCAGCAGUAUGCACAGUAUCUACCAGAAGAGAGCGGUACAGCAAAACAACAGAAGGAAAUAAAAAAUACCUUCAGUGGUUUAUUUAUUCUCUUAAAAAGUGUAACAAUCUAUGCAUCAGAGUCUAAACCAGGCAUGCGGGUCUCGGGUUUGCUUCAAGGUAAGUUUAGUCAGAGGGUGGUCAGCAUUUUGCAGAUACGUUUUAGAAUCCUGGAAGCGUAUCCUGGUUACCGUGAGCCCUGUUCAGUGUGCCAUUAUGCCAUCAUCACUCGGUGCAUGAAGCUGGUUUGGAAGUUGGUGUAAAGCGCAGUUGGAACGUUGCCUGGACCUCUAUGAUGAGCGGUUCGUGCGACAACUCGAUUCCGGCUCAUUCAGCCUCUUUAACCACAUGCUUCUUGGUACUGUUAUUAAUGAAAGUGUGAUUAAAUGUAUAUUUAAAAUGAUAAAAUAGUUUUGUGUUCCUGUAAUGUUAAAUGAUUUAUGGGGUGUCUGUUGUUUUUUUUAUUCAGGGUGAUCCGGCAUAGUUUAUUUUAGCUUUUCAAUUUAGAAUUGUUCAGGUUGUCUGGAGCAAGGCUGAGCUUUCCUUGUUGCUCAUGGUCAAGCGUACGUUAGCCAUCGGCACCUGGUUGGGUGACAUCACUCAAAAUAAACAUUGGUGAAAAUGUUCUGAAAAAAGGCUGAAAAAAAGGAUCCUGGCAAGCCUGUUGCUAUGGUAUUCAAACAAGCAAGCAGGGAACUCCGUAAUAUGGAUGAUUAAAACUUCAAGUUCGAUUUCAAUUAAUUAAAAUUCAGUAUUGUUACCAGUAAAUGUAAAUCUGUCACUGGUUUUCAAAUGACUCUAGGCUGCUCACAUCUAUUUAUUGUAUUGUUUGCUGCAUGGAGAAAGUAAAAGGCAUUGUCACGACACACUACAUGUCAUACCUUAUUUAUUAUCCCAUUGGUGUACCUAAAAUAAACACAUUUUUUCUUGA